CUUCCCUUUUUAUUAUUUAUUAUCCCUUAAAGGGGCCGCGACCUGCGAAUGGGCGGCUGUGCGGACGCGCCCGGCGGGGUGUGUGUGUGUGUGUGUGUGUGUGUGUGUGUGUGUGUGUGCGCGCGCGCGCGCCGGGGUGGCGGCGCUCGGUCGGGGCCCGACGGACGCGGGGCCUUGGAGAGGAAGGGGAGGGGGCCGGCCGAGACCCCUCCCGCGCGCCCGGGGCCUGGGCAGCUAGCUGAAUCACCGGCGAGGUUUCUGGAAACACGGGAGUAAGCCGGAUGCCAGCGACGGCCCCCCAGCGCCCCCCGCAGCCCGCCCCUGGCAUGCUCCACGACCCUUCAGCCUGAGCCGGCGGCCCCCGCCACCCCCUCCCCGCCACCCUGCACUGCCCCGGCUCCCCCGAGCCCGCAGGCCCGCAGGGGCCGCCCCCCGUGCCCACCCCCGGUGCCCGGGGCGGCCCGGCCCGCAGGGCCAUGAAGCUUCAGGCCGUCAUGGAGACACUCCUGCAGCGGCAGCAGCAGCAGCGUGCGCGCCAGGAGCUGGAGGCCCGGCAACAGGAGCCCCCCGCCGUCUCCGGCCCCCCGGCUCCCCGGGCCCGCGGCACCCCGGACCAGGAGCGAGAACCGGAGCAGGCCCGGAUGCAGCGGGCGCAGAUGGCUGCCCUGGCUGCCAUGCGGGCUGCCGCCGCUGGUCUGGGCCACCCACCCAGUCCCCGCGGCCCGGAGGAUGACGGGGGACCGGCCGCUGAGGGCUCCCCAGGCUCACCGGCCGCGCCUGCCCGCAGCAGAGAAGGGCCUCCCGAGCCUGUGGCCUCUGAUGAUGAUGACCCGAAGCCCAAAUGGGAGGAGGAGGAGGAGCUUGAAGAAGACCUAGGAGAUGAAGAGGAGGAGUAUGAGGAGGAGGAGGAGGAGGAGGAAGAAGAGGAGGAGGAGGAGGAGGAGGGCCUGGGUCCCCCUGGUGUGGCCGGCCUGGGUUCCACAGCCCUGUUCCCCCGCAAGGCCCCGCCACCCCCGGCCCUCCGUGGUGAUGGCCUCCCCCGGGCGCUGGGUGGCCAGGAGCGGCCGGGCCCUGGGCCAGCCUCUGCUGCAGGGGCCACCCCCACGGCAUCCCAGCUGCAGCCGCCCGACCCUGGGGACUGGACGUACGAGGAGCAGUUCAAGCAGCUCUACGAGCUAGAUGGAGACCCCAAGCGCAAGGAAUUCCUGGACGACCUGUUCAGCUUCAUGCAGAAACGAGGGACCCCCGUGAACCGCAUCCCCAUCAUGGCCAAGCAGGUGCUCGACCUCUUCAUGCUAUAUGUGCUGGUGACCGAGAAGGGCGGCCUAGUGGAAGUCAUCAACCGGAAACUGUGGCGGGAGAUCACCAAGGGCCUCAACCUGCCCACGUCCAUCACCAGUGCCGCCUUCACCCUGCGGACCCAGUACAUGAAGUACUUGUACCCCUACGAGUGCGAGAAGCGCGGCCUUAGCAACCCCAGCGAGCUUCAGGCUGCCAUCGACAGCAACCGGCGUGAGGGGCGGCGUCACAGCUUUGGGGGAUCCCUCUUCACCUACUCGCCCAAGCUGCCCGUGUCCUCACUGGGCCUGGCCACCAGCACCAACGGUAGCUCCAUGACCCCCGCGGCCCCCAAGAUCAAGAAAGAGGAGGACUCGCCCAUUCCGAUCCCGGUGCCUGGCCGCCUGCCUGUCUCCCUGGCAGGUCACCCAGUAGUGGCGGCCCAGGCAGCAGCCGUGCAGGCGGCGGCGGCCCAGGCGGCCGUGGCGGCCCAGGCGGCAGCACUGGAGCAGCUGCGGGAGAAGCUGGAGUGCGGGGAGCCGCCUGAGAAGAAGAUGGCGCUGGUGGUAGACGGGCAGCAGCAGCGGCUCAUGCAGCGUGCCCUGCAGCAGAACUUCCUGGCCAUGACGGCCCAGCUGCCCAUGAGCAUCCGCAUCAGCAGCCAAGCCUCCGACAGUCGCCAGGACCCUGCCACAACCCUCAGUGGCUCCAACGGCAGCAACAGCAUCAGCAUGUCAGUGGAGAUCAACGGCAUUAUGUACACAGGGGUGCUGUUUGCUCAGCCACCAGCCACGAUGGCACCGUCGGCUCCCAGCAAAGGCGGCGCUGGCACCAGUGGCAGCAGUGGUGGUGGUGGUGGCCGCGGAGCAGCUGGCGGUGGUAGCAGCAGCAGCAGCAGCAGCAGCAGCAGCGGGGGCGUGGGUGGCCAGGUCGGACCAACACCCCCAACUUCUUCUACCUCAAGCAACUCGGUGCCUUAAUGCUCUCCCCACCAGGGAGCUGGGCUGGGGAGACAGCCAACCCAGGGAGGACCACAGCUGACGCCAAAAAACGGAAAGACAUAUAUCCUAUAUAGAUGCAGACUUUAAUAAACGGGGACCUCGCAUUUCUCAGGGUCCGGGGGCGCCGCCUGGGCCACCUCCUCCGCACCCCGCGCCGGAGGCAGCCCCCUGAGCCACAACGACCGAAUUUUUUCCUCUUGUUCUUUGGGAAACUUCUUUUUUGUUUGUUUGUUUGUUUUGUUUUAAAAUAGCGACAAACUGCGGGUUCUAGGAGGGUGCGGGUUUCCUGUGUAAAUACGCUGUGUUCCGGGUGCAGUCUUAGCAAGCGGGGCACCUGUGUCUUGGUGUCUGUGUGUCAUGGUCCUGCGGGGACCCGGGCUGCCCACGUGCGGUGCGCGGCAGGUACAGGGGCGGGCCAGCCGACUCAGGGAUGAAUACCCGCUCGGGGCCAGCUCAGGGUGAGGAUGUGGCCUCGUGGGCACGCCCCCACCCACCCCUUCCUGCAUCCCACCCCCCACCCCCCAUCUCAGGGCAUCUGUUGGUCCCCCUCUCCCCUGCUUCUGGAAGGUUCUCCCCACCGCAGCACAAUCAUUUUGGGAGUUGGGGGGGGGGCGGUUCUCUGGUCUCCUGCGCAGCUGCCCCGCCCCGCAUUCACUGCCCCUGUCCGUCUACCUCAGGUAUAAGCAGGACGUGAAAAGCUGCAGCCGGGUGGCAGCUCCACAGGCGUGCAUGUACGGGGUGCACGCUGGCCGGACGUCCCACGUCCCCACCACGUGUGUGUGAGUCCUUGG